AUGCCAAAGACAAGGUUUAAUAAGAAAAAGUUCAGCUCAACAGAAACCAGAACUCCCGUUUUAGAAAUGUCUUUCGCCUCUACUCUGUACAAAACUGUCUUUAAGAGAAACUCUGUUUUCGUUGGUACCGUGUUCGCCUCUGCCUUCGUUUUCCAAGCUGCCUUCGAUACUGGUGUGACCUCUUGGUACGAAAACCACAACAAAGGUAAGUUAUGGAAAGAUAUCAAGGGUGGUAUCAUGAACGGUGGUGAAGAAGAUGAAGAAGACGAUGAAUAA